UCUCACUUGCCACGGCGAGUUAGUUUGGAUCGCUGUCUUGCCGUUCAAUCUCAUUUUGCAGACUUUCAUAAAAUAAUCAUAAUCGUACAGAUAGUAGUUAACGUAGUGCAACAAUUUCCUGUAUAAUACUAAUUUUAAAUAAGUGUGAACAUUAUGUGUGGUUUUGUCUAUCCCUACCUACUCCAUUUUCCUUGUCUGAUGUUACACUAUUUUAUGUUACGACGGUUUUUUUUAUGGCUGUAGGGGUAUUAAUGCUAUAAUACUAGAUUUGUGUACGCAAUAACUGUACAACACAGCCAGAAUUCCAAAAUGUCAGAGUCUGUUAAGGAAGAAAGUGACAAGACUCUGCAAGAUGAUGAAUUUUCUGGCAGUGAACCAGAAGUCCUGAGUCACCAGGAACUGUUGGAAAUAACACAAAAAACACUCACUGACGUUUUGAAGCGUGACCCAUUACUUUCUGACCUUCCAAGUGGUGUCACAUUGGAAGAAGUGCAAUCACAGAUUGCUCUUGAGCAUGGCCAAUCAAUGACAGUUUUUGUUGUUCGUGAUGAUGGAGAAGAAAUGCCAGUUGUGGUGCAACAGCAGGGGGCCACUGUUUUGGAUCUCAAACGUGCCAUCCGUCGCUAUUUUACAUUGAAGCUGACACGUUAUCAACGGUCAUCAGUGAAUAUUAGCUGGCGAUAUAUCUGGCGUGUCAACUGGCUAGUUCACGAAGGCUCAAAACUCAAAGAUGAUAAUGCACUUUUAGCAGAUAUUGGAAUUCGAAAUAAAUCUUAUGUUUCCUUUGUUAAACGGCUAGGGCAGAGGAGAGAUCCAAGAUAACAUUGAAACAGAAUGAUCUAUAUAAUGAAAUAAUUUUAGUGUGUGAAAACCAUUCUAAUGAAAUCAGAGAAACAUAUUGGCUAAGCAAGCAGUGUACAUCAGUGAAACAAGAAGCACAUUGUAGUGUGAAAAUCUCUUAAUUAAGAGGUGUUCCAAGCAAUGAAAGUGAUGAUCAGUGAGGAAAUGUGGAAAUACUUAGGCAUGUGUGAGAGUAACCUUUUCAUUUUGAGAUGUGAAUCCCUAAAACUUUUGAGAAUCAAGACAAGAAUGAGGAUUUCUUCUAGUAGAACAAUCUUUAUACCAUAAUCACAAUUUAUAACACUAGUGAGCCACUUUUUACUAUGCACUAAGUGUAUUAGUUAUUCCUUUUGCAAUUAAAAAUUGUUAAAAAACCGCUGUAUUAAAAAAAGUCAGUUGUAGGGCUAUGUCCUUUAUCAUCACUUCUUGAAUCUGGAAAUUUCCUCUCAGUAUGAAUUUCAAAUCCUUUCACAGUAUUCACUGCAUUUACUGGGGAAAGCAAAAGCAGGUGAUUAUCUGAAAAUCAACACUGAACUUAAGAUCAUUUCUCAGUUUUAUCUUGAAAAUUUGAGAUUUACAGAUGCCUAGAAAGUAUAUUGAGCUGAAAUAGAUCUGCUGAUAUUACACAAAUUAACUCUCAGUCUGGUCCAAUUGUAGACCUCUAUAAUGAACCUCAAGCUACCAAAACAGGAUGUUCCUUGAUCAGUCAACUAAAUAUAAAUGUUUAGGAAAGACCUGUCUUAGAGAGCUAGCUGAAAGGUGUGAAAGAUGACGUUCUCCAUACUUACACAUAGCUUUUGUAUAACAGAAUGUUGUACAAGUGAUGUAAAGAUUGUAACACCUUUGAUAGAAAAUUAGAAAUAAUUUUAUGGGGAUACUUAAAAUGAUUUUCAUUGUAUAUAUCCUGUGAACUAAAUCUGACAGGAAGGAACUGACAGUCUGCUAUCUGUCAACAUGCUACUGCAAUGUCUCACAUAUUAAAAUCUAAUAUUUCCAGCUUUCUUUCUUUGUCUAUAGUCACCUCAAACUCUUGAAUGCAUUAAAACUCAAAAACCAACAGCAUCAGAAAAGUGGAGUAGACACCUGUCUUUCUGCUGUCUCAGUACAUGAUUCAUUACUUUUAAGGUUUCAAAAGUACCUGCCUUUUUUAGAUCUGUCUCUCCCUAUUGACAUUUUAUAGCUUUAUGGAAUUAUAAAAUGCGUGAAUUUAUAUUUUUUUAACCGUGUCUUUUAGGGGUUGUGACAGAUCCACAGACACACAUAUUCCAAGAUUGUUUCUUAAAGUAAUACAAGUAUGUGGGCAUGAAAUAUUUAAACACCACUGAUCUGUAUAUCAAUUUCUUUCACCAAUUAUAAGAUUAUAAGAUGGUCUAACAUGAUUUUCAUGGUCUUAAAAGGGGUGUGCUGCCAAAAUUUUAAUUAUGGGCUUGCAUUUUCAAUUGUAAAUGCUGAAUUCUAUUAGAAUGCUUUCUAGAGUGGAGCGCACGUCAUAGUGUCUCGUUUACUUCUAACACGCAUCUUUAAUCUGUUCUGAAUUGUUUGUACCCAUCUGGCUUAAUUGUAUAAGUGACUCCAGCAUAUCCCUGCAUUCAAACACUGUUUCCAGUUGAAUACAUUGUUAAAAAAACACGUAAUUCAGUAAUGUAACCACAUCAUUGAAGGUACCUUUGAACAUGUUUACUUGUGUCGAAUGACGAGGAAAUUCUACUUUUCUAUUACCAACUCAGUUUACUUCUUGGGUAUUUAAAUUUUAACUGAAAUUUUACUAUAUCAAAAGGAACAGAGUCCUAGGUUUACUAUGCUCUAUUAUGUUAGAAGGAGUAAUGGGUUAAUAUAGUACAAAUCAUCUUAUUAUAUAAAGAUAAGAUUUACCUCCACCUUUUCAUUCAUUUUCCACCACUUUCUGUGUCAGGCAUGUUACUUUCAUUAUUAUAUUUAAGCAUCCUGUUGCACUUGGGACAGAGUUCAUAUCAUUUAUCGUAUGUUACACGUACUUUCAUGUUAAUUUUCUACCAAUCUGAAUGUCAGAUGCUUGUAAAUAACUGUUGUCUUCUGCUUCUACCUAAAUUAUUUACAUAUCAUCAUUACAGAAAAUCACCUUCACCAGAUUAAAAUGAAGAAAACAUGAUUUUCAUUUAGAUAUAUAUUCUGUACAAAUUCAUGCCAUGACAAUACCAUGAUUACACUUCAAUACAAUCUGUUGCACAGAGUACAUGCUGUUGAUUUAACAUAAAGAGAAUAAUUUAUAUACAAAAUGUCAUUUAACUACAUGGAGAAAAUUAAAAA